CAACAUUGAAAGUGAGGUGAUUAUAAAUCUAAAUAAUGAUUAUUCCAGAAAAGAAUAUAUUUCUAAGUAGCAAAUGUGAUGCAACAGAAAAAAAUAUUUUCAAACAGAAGUCAAAUACUCCCCCUGGAUCGAUCCCCCCUCUGAUUACCUCUUUCAUGGGUUGCCUGUGGUUUGACUGACCAAAUUCAAACAUGUCUGCAAAAUUAUCCAGAAGAUAUCUUUCGUUUACUAGAAGGCUAAGGCUCUUAAAACGUUAUUCUUCCCAUAUUACAUUUGCUAAGGAUGAAGAGGAUAGUGUUCCAGUCAAAGCAUGGGUCCAAGGUGUCCCUGUCGAAGAAGAUGCAGCAAAACAACUUAAAGCCAUAGCUAGACUACCCAUAGUUUAUUCACAUGUAGCAGCCAUGCCUGAUGUACACAUAGGCAAGGGUGCUUGUGUUGGGUGUGUGGUUCCUACGGUUAAUGCAAUCAUUCCUGCAGCUGUUGGUGUUGAUAUUGGUUGUGGUAUGAUGGCUGUCAAGACAUCUAUGUUAGCUAAACAUCUACCUGACUCGCUCAAGGGUCUGCGCACUGCCAUAGAGAGUGCAAUACCACAUGGCAGAACUAAUCAUGGUGGAAGUGGUGAUGCUGGAGCAUGGAGAAUGAAUGAUCUCCCAGAACAAGUCAAGCAAAGCUGGAAAGUACUGUCUGGGGAUUAUGAAUACAUAUGUCGCCAACAACCAUCAACAAAAGCCAAGAAUAAUAUCAAUCACUUAGGAACAUUGGGAACUGGAAAUCACUUUGUUGAGGUGUGUUUGGAUGAGACUGAUAGGGUGUGGUUCAUGCUUCAUUCUGGUUCCCGUGGUCCUGGCAAUAGGAUAGGAUCAAUUUAUAUAGAACUGGCCAAGAAUGAUAUGCUUAAACUGGACAAAAAUGCUAAGAUUGAUAAGAAUCUGGCAUACCUGACAGAAGGCACCCCCAACUUUAAAAACUAUGUGUUUGCAGUUUCAUGGGCACAAAAAUAUGCCAGGGUUAACAGAGAAAUCAUGAUGGCAAGACUGAUUGAUGCAGCCAAGCACACCCCUGAUAUCCCAUCAUUUACUGUAGAGAGGAUGGCUGUCAAUUGUCACCAUAACUAUGUUAAUAUCGAGACACAUUUUGGUAAAACAGUGUACCUUACAAGAAAAGGAGCGGUGUCUGCUCAGCAAGAUGAGCUUGGUAUAAUUCCAGGGUCGAUGGGAGCCAAGUCAUACAUUGUGCGGGGUAAAGGAAACCCAGAAUCUUUUCACAGUUGCAGCCAUGGUGCUGGUARAGUGAUGUCAAGAGCCAAGGCCAAAAAGACCUUCACUACUGAAGACCACGUACAGGCUACACAAGGGGUGGAGUGCCGCAAAGAUUAUGACGUCAUCGAUGAAACACCAAUGGCGUACAAGAACAUAGAUGACGUCAUGGCUGCUCAAAGUGACUUGGUUGAUGUUGUGCAUACAUUGAAGCAAGUACUCUGCGUCAAGGGCUGAAAGGUAUUUAUUAUCUUUGAAUAAUUCUUAAUAAUUCUUUCCGGUUGAAAUUUUUUUAUGACAGCUGUGAUAGUUUUUGGGGUGCCGGAAGAAAACAAAUGGGUAAACGACUUGGCCGCCAUGUUGGAUGAUAAGAUAA